AUGGCCAGAGGCGGACAAGCCAAGAGCCGCAGCCUGCGGGUGAGCGGCGUGGCUUUCCUGAUCCUCUUCUCCGCCCUCUCCGUCUCGCCUUCGCCCACCGAGAAAAGGAACGGGCCCAUCCGGCUCAGGGAGAACCUCUGGGCCACAGGGCAUUUCAUGGGGAAGAAGAGUCCCCUGAGCCCCAUCCCCCUCCGCUCAUCGUCCUUGGAAAGAGCAGAGCUCAAUCAUAGCCCCAGAGCCGUCAGUCCAGGAAUCACAAGCAUCAUAGACAGUAUGAAGGACCUAUUGACCAGAGAACUUCUCGAAAUCCUUUUGCAACAGAAGCUUCUGGAGGAGAACCAAAGCAAGCAGGAUCCUGAAGAGCAGGAAAUGCCAACAUUAAUGAAGUUGCUCUCGAAAUACGUUUAACGGCAAAGAACCCAGGAUGAUGUGAUGAACUGCGGAAGAA